GUUAUCAGAUGGAACUUCAGUAUGAACAGCAAGAAGUAAAUACAAAUAUUACAGAAACUUCAAGAGAACGAGAAACUCUAGAAGAAACUACUAUGCGGUUAGAGAAAAGAAGAAUAGCUGCAGCACAACGAAGAGAAAACCAGUCAACUUCAUAUGGAGUAAAUCGUCAUACAUUAGGUGAUAUGAUAUAUGAAUGUUCUAAAUGCAAAGCUAAAAUGUGGUUAGAUGAAAAAAAAGAAAACUCAUCUGCAAAAUCCCUAAGUUUCACCACUUGCUGCGCAGAAGGCAAAGUUUUACUUCCUCCUCUUCAAGAACUACUACCUCUAUUAGAUUUGCUUCUCACUGAAACAGACCAACGUGCAUGUUUAUUCCAGCAAAAUAUUAGAAUAUAUAAUUCUGCAUUAGCCUUCACAUCAAUAGAUGCAAAUAUCGAUCAUAGUGUAACAGAAACUCAAGGAAUCUAUACAUUUCGUAUUCAUGGUGAAGUAUAUCACAGUAUAGGUGCUUUACUUCCAAAUAGUGAUAUAUACCCUCAGUUUGCGCAAAUAUAUAUCUAUGAUACCAACAAUAAAUUACAAAACAGGAUGAAUAUAAUACCUGACCUUGAUCAUACUAUCCUAGCAGAACUUCAGCAAAUGUUGCAUGAUGCAAACCCCUAUGCUAAAAUAUUUUGUCAGGCCAGUGAUAUGUUGGUAUCAGAUUUUUCACUAGACUUAAAAAUAAUAAUCAAAGAAGGCAGAACAACAGACUCUCAACAUUACAAUACUCUGAGUGCAGCAGAAGUUGCAAUUAUUAUGGUUGGAAAUGGACAAGAAGUCGAGCCUGUAGAAUGUGAUAUUCAAAGUGUUAAUGAUGAAUUAAGUUUCAGUAAUGAGGAGGAAGAAGAUAUAGGAAAAUAUGUUUCAGCAAUGAAUUAUUUUGCAUACCGCCUUCAACUUCGUAAUCCUAGAGAGCUUAUAAUUUUGCAUCAAUUUGGACGACUUUUCCAGCAAUGGAUUGUUGACAUGUAUGCAGUUGUAGAACAAACACGCCUCAAUUACCUUAAAUUUAAUCAGAAAAAAAUAUGUGCAGAACUAUAUAGUGAACUCGAAGAUGCA